AUGGCAUUACAAAUAUCACCGCUUUUCCUGCCAGUUCUUAAAAUCCCGGUGAGAAUAGCAGUUUCAGGCUGGUUCUCAGUGGUGUCUAAUAACAGUGGGACCGGAAAUGCUAGAGUUUACAGAAGAAUUGGCGCACUAGUGAGAGCGGGUGUUCCGGCAUUUCUCCUGGCGAAGCCUCUCCGGGCGUACACUCUCACUCACUCCAAAAUGGAAAACGGAAAUCUAAGAGCCCACUACACAAAAACGACUAUUCGAGCUGGUGAAGUACUUCGAUUAGCAGCUGUCUUCCAGGACACACGAAAGUCACCAGUCUCAACCGGUGUUACUGCCGUAACAACGGGUGCCUCAGAGAAAAAAAAUUCAAGGUCAUCGGAACGUGAUCAGUACGCUCAGUGUCUGGAUUCCCAGGGUCAUGAACUCUUUGCACCGCUAUCAUCACGCGGUGAGUUCUAUGCUACCUGUCAGAGUGGUAGUCUCGACACAGGUAGCGAUGCAGUCCUCUACAGAGUACAUCAACUUGCCAGAAGAGAUUUACCAUUACGAGUACGGCUAGUCGCUGGACCCCUGCCGAUACCUCUGCCGAGAGAUUACACGGGACUGAUGCAACUUGAGUGUGCGACAAGAGGCCCCAUCGUGCUUGGCUGCGCUGUGCCCCUUCUACCUGAGAGACCAUUGCCAAGUGCAACUGUCCCAGAAUUAUUAGAGCUUGUGGCAACUGGUCCUGGUGCACCCAGAGUCAAACGAGCAAGGCUUGGCUGUCCAUCCGAGACGCGACUACUUGCGUCAUCCAAAAUGCAGAGGCUGUUGAGCGCAUGCAGACGAGCCCUGGACCAGCGUGCAACGGAGCCUCGAGUAGCGCCCCCAAAGCCAGCAGCCCCCAGUAUUCAACUAAAAGAACUCAACCUAAAGGAAAUAAAAUCCAAACCCGAAACGAAACCCAUUCUCCAAAGUCUAAAAAACGGCCUUGAACAAAUCAAGAAAACCACAAUUCGUGAUCGUAGUAAUUCCCAGAGUAGUGCCACGACCCCGAGUUUUUUCGAGCGAUUAACAAGAAUAACUCACGGUGGUAGAAGUAGAAAUCCAGCUAAAAAAUCCGCAUCAUUCACGUUUGCCAUACGCCCUGAACUUGGUAUGAGGUCAGCGGAGCGUUACGCAAGCCUGGAAUCGGACGCCAAUGCACUGGUAUCAAGCAGAGGCAUUACUGGUUGUACGUCAAGGCAACAGGUACAGAGAUCCGUAUCAACUAGUGUGCUAGAGGUGCAGCAGACUAGAGACUUGGAUCCACCCUAUUCAAAGGUCAGGGACAGCUUGACCCCACUUCCACCGACUCCACCACCCAAGCCCGAGGAUAUCUACACGGAGAUCUGCGAGCCAACGAACGAUCGAUCUAGGAGGAAUCGAGGUACGCCGGAAGCCAAACCACUGCCGCAUGGUAAAACCGGUACCAAUGAGAAAGAUCGGGGUUACGUCAAGUUAGCAUCGCACUCGGAAAUCUCAGACGUAUCAAACAGCACCGAAGACGAAGAGGGAAUAUACAAUACUGUUUGCUGAAAAUUCAUUUUCCAUUUCUCCAUUACCUCCCUCUACCACAUAAUUGAGGAAAGGUCAAGGCCACCAGGAAGCAAUUGAAACCGAGGGAAAUUUCGUGACUCCCUCGAUCUACAUAUACCGAUAAACGUUUAAUCAAUUAAGUCGUUACGGCUCCCUGACUCUUCCUGUCCCUUGGCUGUUAUAUGUAAUAUCCUAUCCUCAUGUAUACAAACCAACAAUCAUCAAGAAUUUACGCAGGUUCGCGUGACGCUUACGAUACACCUUGGAUAUAUGAUUACGACAUGUGUACUUGGUUGGUAUUUUAAACGCCCUCGACCCAGGGAGUUAAACUACUGGGUUCCCGUAAGGACGUGAGUCUUGGUCAAUCUACCGACAUUUUUCCAUCUCAAUUUUUCUCUUCCGUAUGAUUGAUCCUACCCUGGUAGGGUUUUACGCCCCGAGGGAAUGUAUAUGUGUAUGUGGAGUCGGCGAGAGGUUGAUAGACGAGGGAAAAGGGGGUGGAGAAAUGAUGUGUUUGUUAUCAACUUGUCUCACGAGAGACCAUCAAACUGGUUGUCUUACUGUAAUGAUUGAGUUGUAAUAUUUGUAUGUUAUGUACAUUCUCAGAAAACAUUCAUGGAAUAAAUAUCA